CAAAAGGUAUUGGUGAACCACCAUUCGUACUUGGUAUAUCUGCUUUUUUUGCAUUAAAACAAGCAUGUAUGGCAUAUCGAGAACAACAAGGUUUAUCAAAUUACUUUACAUUUAAUUCUCCAGCAACUGUUGAACGACUUCGAAUGACUUGUGCUGAUGAAUUUACUCGUCGUGCAUGUUCGAAUGACCAUGAAAACUUUCAAGUAAAAGGAUCAUUUUAA